CCUAAAAGAACUUUAACUAAUGAUAUUCUUUGUAAUAAUAAUGAAAUAACUGAACUAGAUAUUUCUAAUGAAAGUGGUUGGGAUAAAUUGGAGAUUAAAGAUUGUCCGAACUUAACUACCCUAAUUGCUGAUAAUUGUGAAUUAGAAGAAAUCAAAAUUAUUAAUUGCCCUAACUUGAAAACUUUAUCUUUUAGACAGAACAAACUUGAAAAUAUUGACCUAACAGGUUUACCUAACUUAGAGGGUUUGUAUUGUUCGGGUAAUAAUUUGAAAACUAUAGGUUUAUCUAGUAAUAAAAAGUUAAAACACUUAGUUUGUGAUAAUAAUAUGAUUGGAGAAUUAGAACUAAAACACUUAAAAAACUUAGAAAGUUUGUAUUGUUUUAAGAAUUUUUAUUUAAGGGAGUUAGAACUUGAUGGUUUAACUAGUUUGAAAGAAUUAUAUUGUGCUAACUCUCAACUUUCUGACUUAGAACUUGAUGGGUGUCGAGAAUUAGAAAUUUUGGAUUGUGCUGAAAAUUAUUUAAUGAGAUUAACAAUUUCUGAUAAACCAAAACUUAAAGUUGUUUCUUGUAAAGAGAAUAAUUUCGGAAAGUUAACUAUUGCUGACUGUCCUAAUUUAAAAUUUUUAGAUUUUUCAACGUUAAACAACCUUUCGCCUGCUAGAUUAAAUAUUGAUAACUCAAAUUCUCUUGAAAAAUUAUUAAGAAUAGGAGAGUCCGUGAAAGUUGAGAGGGAUGGUAUGAUAGGAGAGGCAUAUUUUUAUGAGGAAACCGACUUUAUAGCCCUUAGAAACAUUGAAAAAAUAGAAAACAUUCUCAAUAAUCCUAAUGAUUAUUCCCUUGCAGAUUUAUUAAAACUAGGAAGAAAAGAAUUGUAUGGCGUUCCUACUGAUUUGAGAGAAAAAUUAGUUAAAUUAGCACAACAAAAAUCUGAAGAAGAAAUUAAGAGAAAGUUCACUCCUUAUCAAUCACCACCAUCUUCACCGCCGCCUUUGGAAAAAGAUAAUUCGCCAAGUGAAGAAGAAACCCCACUUGAUACUCCUAAGGAAAUACCAACACCAAAGGAUAAUAAUGAAAAUAAAGACCAAACUAUUCUUGCUUUACAACAGAAAAUUACUGA